GGAAGUGGGUGGGGGGAGUGCAGCAGUACAGUGCAGAAAGGAAGCUCGUGGAGACAGAAGGGCUGGCACUUCGUCUGCCCUCAGAAAGUGUUUUACACCGUUACUAAACAUGUAAACAUGAAUGGACUACCGUGACUUCACUCCGGUUGGAGGGAGUACUGCGUAAUUUCACCAUGAGUGCUGGGGACGAAUUGCAACGCCUCAACAUUGUUGAGGCGUUGCCUCAUUUGCUUUCUAACGGAGAUGCAGCCUGUAUUGACAAAAUGGUUCCCAAAUUGCAACAAGCUAUACCAGGAGAUGGUGCUGAAUUCCAUAUGAUUGCUUCAAACACAUUUCGAACAAUUUUGGAGCAAAAAUUAGUACCUCCAGCCACAUUUACCCAGACAUUUCUGUCCAGUAUUGUAGCCUCCAUUGACAGUCGUGAUCCAUAUUUAUCAAAGGCAUGGCUUGAUACACUCUUGGACAUUAUUGAAUUGCUACCACCUCAUGUAGUGAAGAAUGAUAUCUUGCCAGUUGCAGUUGCUCGAGGUCAGCUCUGCCAAUCCAUAUUAUCUCGUGUUACUAGUUGUGAGCUUUUAGGAAAGAUAGCCACCAAAUUUGAUUGCACACAAUUACAGAAGGAGAUUGUACCUUUAGCACAUUCGCUUUGUCAAGAUGUAAGUGGAGAGGUCCGUGGAAGUAUGUGUCAUCAGCUUCCUUACAUUGCUCGGGGUUUAUCACCUGAGGCAACAAAGCCUGCACUUUUGCCACUACUUGUAGAAUUAUCUGUAGAUGAAGAGCAGUAUGUUCGCAUUGCUGCAGUACAUGCUAUUAGUGAAUUGGUUUCAAUAUUGCCUGGAGAUGUUUUGAAACACACAAUUAUACCACUCCUGAGAAAGCUUUGUGAACUAGCUAUAUCUGAAGAAGAUAGAGUACUGUGUGCCAUCAGUGAGAAAUAUGGGCAAAUUUGUGUUGGCCUGAAAAAUGCUUUCACUGAAAAUGAAAUGUCCUGGUUUAUAUCAUUCUUCCGAGAGAUGACAAACCUUGGUGUAGGAAAAACGUCAUCACUUCAUGACAUUAAGAGUGUCCCUGAAUUAAUUAGAGAAAAGGAACAUGCUGACCUCUUAUUGCAAUGCCGUAUUAAUUGUGCAUACAAUUUUCCUGGUAUUGCACAAUUUACAGGUCCAUGUGUAUUUGAAGAAAUGCUUCAUUCAACCUACACUACUCUAUGUUGUGACCACUCAUUUUAUGUACGUCGAAUAAUUGCUGCAGGAAUCCAUGAGGUUUUUAAGGUGUUGGCACCUAAAUGUCUUGCUUUGAAGGCAGACUUAUUCAUGCUCCUUUCUGAUGAAUCGCGAGAUGUUCUGCAAGCUCUUGUUCCUAAUUUAUCUUCCAUUUCGGACCAACUUACGAAGAAUUUAAUCAUUGGUCCCACAUUAAGCGAUACAUUUGCACUUGACUUAUUGAGGAAUUUAUUAAAAUGUGAGGCGUCCCUGAGUCUUACCAAUGACUGGAGGCUGCACUCAGCCAUGUUAAAUCAGCUUGAGAGCUUUGUAAAAGUGUUACCUUCUGAUCUCAUGUUUUCACACAUGCCUGUCAUACUUUUUCAUCGCAUUCAAGAUGCUAGAGCGUUACCUUGCCGGUUGGCUUCUGCCCAUCUUUUACUAAUUGUUCUGCGGCAUACUUCCAAACUGGAAAAUCAGAAUGAGAUUCGACAACGAAUAUUUACAGAGCUGUGUAUUCACCACAGUUGCCAUACUCGACUGUUGUUUGUAAAAAUGUGUGGUAUGGCCUUGGAUAUAUUUUCCAGCGCUUACAUAAAAGAGCAUUUUUUCUUGCGUCUUUUAACUCUUGCAGUUGAUCCUAUCCCGAAUGUGAGACUUGUUCUUUGUGGAUUAUUGCCAUCUCUCAGAAGGAUGCUUAAACUUCCACAUGACUCCAACUUGCUCUCUGCUUUGGAAGAGGCUAUGGAAAAGCUUCAAAAUUUUCCGCGUCCAGACAAUGAUGUACUGGCCAAACUCCAUUGUGUUCAGAGUGAAAUGGAAAACAUAGCAUUGUAUGCCCAAGAUACGUAUGAUGCUGAAGAUCUUUCUAGAUUUCAAGAAGAACAGAACAUUGAAAUGAAAAGUUCAGUGCAAGAACCUAGGCGUUUAGUAACAGUUAAUAUGAAAACAUUAGGUGAAGGGAAACGUGCUACCCUUGUAUCUUUAAGAGGUCCCGAGGUCUCAAGAACUGAACUCAGGCAAGCAACUCAACUACCCGCCAAUAAUGAUAAAAAUAUCUCAAGUAGCAUCGCAGUUAGCUCAGUCGGUCUCUUGGGUGGGCAUGCUGGUAAUGAAUCUAGAAUCACUGCAAGUAUUACUUCAACAACAUCUGAUUCGGCCCCCAGUUUUAGUGCCUUUUCAGUAUUCAGAAAAGAACCAGAUUCUAGUUUCAAUAGUAUUUCUCAAGUUGGAAAUGACAGUGUCCCAAACUACAGAGCUCUCACUCAAAUCAAAAAAGAUCCUGGGACAAGUUUCAGCUCUUAUUCAGCCAAUAACAAAAAAGAAUCUUCAACUUCUACAAACAAAAGCUGGUCUCAACAAUUAACCCAUGGAAGUCGGCUACCUCUUCCCUUGUCUAUUUCAUCCAGAACUAACAAACCUUUUCCAAAACCUCUUUUUAAACAAAUUCUUCCAUUUUCUGAUCUCUCUGACCUAGAUGUUACAAAAUUUUACAUGAUAAUAUCACAUAUUAAUUCUGGUUCAAAAAUGCCCCUUAUCAGUGCAACUGGAUGCAGUGAGGUGUCCACUCCAACCACAUCAUCAACAUCGUCAGCAUCGUCAGCCUCAUCAUCCCUCCUAUCCAGCUCGUACCCUGCUCUCUUAGAAGAAGAAUUCUACAUUGAUGCUGGGGUUCCACUGCCUGAGAAGCUGACAGUAGCAAAGAUGAGCUCAGCAAGCUUUAUUAAUUCUGAUCCCGUAUCAAAAAUUCCAAGUUUACGUGAACUACUUUUUCAGAACUCAACUCUUCUUGCUCAGGUGGCUAAUAGAACUGCUGCAUCGGAAAAUGCGGCAAAAUCUCUUACUUAUGGUAAAUCAAUGAAUUCAUGCAAAGUUGUGGAACACACAUCUGCUGGAAGUGCACCAAAUUCAACUAGUAAGCGAUAUUCGCGUUUGUUUGAAGAAAGUUCGACUUCAGAUUUCCGAUAUUCAAACUUGAUAGGAAGGCAAGCUUCUACUCAUUCAAGAAAAGACAAUGCAGGGAGUUCGCUUUUACCAAAGCCUACACCAGUAAGAAGUUUUCAUAAUGACAGUGACAGUACGUCAGGUCUAAACAAAGAAGGUUCCAAAUACAAUGCCAAGAUUCUUCCUACUGUCUCUUCUCGGUCAAAUCUAUCAAAACCAGAUAGUAAGAUUGGGAUGAUGAACCGCCGAAGUUUGAUUUACUACUCAGGUCAAGGAAAUGACAGUGAUGGAAAUAAUUUUAAGGACCAGAACAUUGGUGGUGUUAUUAGAAAUGGCAAGCCCGAAAAUUCAUCUCAAGUUAAUCACUUACAAACUCCACAUGACUCAUAUGAAGUGACUGCAAGUAAAAUCGGCAACAAUAUGCCCAGUAAAAUUUCAACUAGAUCCACAUCAGUUGCAGUGGGCCAAACAAAUAGAGCUGGUUCUAGUCGAAGUUCGUUUGGUAAACUGUCAUCCGUGAAGGCACCCUCUCUAGAUACAACAAAUCGUAGGUACAGUUCUCUUGAUCCUUCAUACUCUCAACAUAAGGAAAGGGAAUCUAAAACCAAUAUCGGCCCACCUUUAUCUAAACGAUAUAGUCUUGGAGAAAAGAGUCAAACAACUGCUGGUCCUCUGGACAAAAAAGUAUCUCUUUCAUCUAUUGGUGUUAAAGGAGUACGUCGCUCUUUUAAUCCAGGUCCAAGACCACACUCAUGUUUUAUACUGACUCCACAAAAUGACAAGCCAAAUGGUAGCAAUUCUCGCUCAAUGUCUCAAGAAUCACUUGGAAUUGAAAACAUUCAAGUAGGAACCAAAAUUAUCAAAAGGACAGCUGGUUUCAAUAGGUCUGAAAAUAGACAAAGUCGGAUUCCUCGUGGUGGGACUAGUUGUCACUCUAGUCCUGGAAACAGCAGAUCUUCUAGCCCUGUUCAUGAACCAUCAUACAUAACUGUCUCUCACACUGCACCUUGCAGUGCUAGGGCAUCAAGGUCCUCAAGUCCUACUGAAAAUCAGUCAUCUAGAGUCUCACUGGCAUCUAUUAAACUGCAAGAGCCCAGUAGACUUCCCAUUAGGAAGUACAAUCAUCACUUGUAGGGAGACAAAACAGCAUUCCAGAUCUCAUCUGAUAGUGAGCUCAGCUGCACUGUUAUGUCAGGUAUUAGAUGUGUUUCAAAAUCAAUAGAGGAUGUGAUAGUUCAAAAUGGGUGAAAAAUAGUGUACGUACAUGUUAAAUUUUAUCUAAGCUUUCUCUCUUGUUUUGUUUUGAAGUUCUAUGUGUGAUUGUGUAUGUGCCUCUCAACAGUGGUGAAACAUAUUUAUUUUUUUGUUUCACCUCAAGUACAGGGUUUUACAUAUAAAAUAUAAGUGCCUACCUGCUUGCAGCUAUAGAAGAUAAUUGGUAUGUACCACCAAUCAGUCACCUAUUUUUGUUAUGAGUUGAUCUUUCAAUUAUAUGAUCUAAACUGAACUGAAUUGAAGUUGAGUUGUACCCACAUAGAUCUUUUUUCUCUCCUGAUUAUUCUGUACUUAUAAGUAAGUACGUUUUAAUAAAACAGACUGUUUAGUCCAAGUAGUAUUGUGUUUGUGUUGCUUAGUUGCAAUACGUUUGUUAUGUAAUGCUAUGUGUUGGUUAUCCUUCAGGGAUGUAUUCUGUUUUCCAGUUGACUCAUUUACAUAGCUUUAGUACAUUUGCCGUCCAACAAUUUAUGCAUUCAUUAAUUUGCAUACAGUAAAAUGAAUCUGGGAACGAAUUGUCUAUAUUCUGCACAGUUUGUUUUUCACAAAUGGAACAAAACAAAUAAUCUUAUUUUUAUGAGAAGUUUAAGAAAAAUACAACUAUGUUUUUAUGAAUGUUUGAUGAAGCAGCCAGUCUGCUGUGAGCUAGGUUAUUGGAAUGUGUAGAAAUGUGUAUAAAACAUUUUGGUCUCUGUAAUAUUUUUCAGAUUUGUGUUGUUUAUCUAUUGCCAUUCAGCAGAUUAUAAUAUUUUUUAAAUGCUUGUUUUCAUGUGAUAAUACAAAAAAUAUUCUAUUCUAUUCUAUUCACAUUGGGGAAUGUUUCUAUAUUGCUGUUGCCAUUGCCUAUUUUUACGUGAUUAGUUAUUAAUUAGGUUGGAGUAGAAUGGAAUAUACAUUUUUAGUAAAUCAAAUUCCUGUGAACUUAAGGAUGUGGGUACCCUAAUGUCAAUGUCCCCUCUUGGUUUCCCUAUUAGUGCCAAACAGUUCCUUGUAUUUUAUAUUCCUUUCUCUCCUUUACUCUCCAAUGUUUUACACUUUUAAUGAAUAAAAUCUGAGCUGUGACAGGCAGUUCCAUAUUCAAUAUUGCAGUGAAAGAUACUUAGAACUAUUUUGAUUAUUAAAAGUUAAAUUAAACUCCACCCUGUAUAUUAGGUGGUAUUAGAUGUAACUUUUUAACCAUAGUUUUGCAUCAGUAUUAGGAGUAACAGUCUAACAAACUGCUCAGGAAAAAAGGACAACUCCAAGGGUGCUCAUAAAUCCCUAAUCAAUAAAUACACUGUUUUUGUGAAGUUCUCGGUUAAAGAGAUCCAGUAUAUAUUUUUCUCUAAUGUCAAAUUUUACUUUCUUUGAGCUUACUUGUUCAUUCUGUGUAUGCAGAAUCAUUUUUGUUGAGUGACUGUGAUAUUUCCCAUAGGCUGUAGGUGUCUAGCUUUAAAUUACCUUUAACUGAUGCAAUAGUCUUCAGAAGUUCUUGUUAAGUUCUUGAUGGCCAUGCCAAAUAACAGAUUUUAAAGACAUGUUUUGAAGUUAAUAUUUCUCUUUUGCCCAUGUUGAUAAUUAUUGUAGUGCACCUUGUUGCUUUUAUCUUCUUAUAAACUAUAGGUUUUAAAAAUAAAUUGACAAAGAUUCAUAGGAGGCUGGUAGUAAGGGAGAAAUGUUCAGCAACCUGUGUUUUCUGUGAUAAUGAAUCAAAUGAAUGUCAAUGCCCUUUGAAGUCAACCAUUCUUGUGUGUUUAUUUCUCUUAAUAUAUUUCAAUCUUCUAAAACUAAGAUGAGACGACUUCCAUUCAACGAGAGCAAGGUCAGCAACAGCCUGUCCUGCUCUGUCUCGGGACCAUUACAUACCUGAUGUAGAAUAUUACAAAAACUGUGCUAUAUUUGGCCUUAAGAAGUUAUUGCUGUAUUGUUUCUACUGUCCCUGCAUCCCUUCCAUUGUGUAGAUACAUGGUCUCACAGCAGAGGUUUUCUUACCAUAAAAUAACUUGAAAAUAACUUUGAUAUAAUGAUGUAGCCGAAUCUUCUGUUUUGUGCUGCUCUAAAUUUCUUCAACCUGUAAUGAUCUCUGUUAUUUACAAAAACGCUAUCAGAAACUCAAUAUCCUAUUGUUUUAAGGGUAGUUGAGGUUUUUGUUCUUAUCCCUAACAUUUAAAAGCUAUGGCUUGUGUAGAAAAAAUUACGUAGAUUUCAAAAAAUAAAGAAAGGGUAUAUAUGUA